AGAGGAGAGCCAACACACAGGCGACACAGCUGAUGACCAGAAUAAAGAAAACCUUCUCCUCGAAAAUCCCGCUUUCCCAGCUGCCAGCUGGUCCUCUGUUUCAACCAAAUGCAGAGCAACCUACUUCAAUUUUUCGUAUUCUUCUGCUGAAUGAUCAAUUAGGAGCUAGGGGCAACACAACAUACACUCUGCCCUUCAGACAAUUCAUGGAGGUUCCAGUUGGGUUUGUGGCUAAGCUAUGGAGCCUCGUUUCCUUCUUACCUUUCUUCUUCUUGCUCACCAUUCUCGGCCUUCUUAAAGGGUUGAUUAUCUGUCCGAUUACGGUCGCGAUCAUAACUUUCGGAAACUCGGGAGUUGUCAUAGGACUGUGGCCAGCGCAUUUCAUCUGGACUUACUACUGCAUUGCAAAAACCAGGAGACUUGGCUGGAUUCUGAAGAUUCUUGUACUGUUUUUGUUGCUAUUGCCCUUGAUCUUGUGGCCUGUGGUUACCAUCAUCGGAAGCAUACUUGGCGGGAUUGGGUACGGUUUUUUCGCACCCUUGAUUGCAACAUUCGAGAUUAUCGGCGAGAGAGCUUCCGACAAAUGCUACCAUUGCUUCUUCGAUGGUUGCCGUUCUACUGUCGAAGGUAGCUGUACAGUGGUUAGAGACUUCACGGAUUUUUGCUUCCACUCGUAUUUCUCCUACAUGGACGAGCUCUGUGAGGAGAUGCACGAUGGCGAAGAGCCAUGGGAUAUAAAGUUGUCGAAGCUUCCCGGAUGUUUCUUUGUUUCUCUCUUAGCAGUUCCUAUAGAUGUUUCGCUUAUUACGGCCGUGGCUCUCUGGAAAAGCCCGUACAUGUUGUUCCGGGGAUGGAAGAGGCUGUUAGAGGAUAUGAUCGGACGGGAAGGCCCGUUUCUGGAGACUGUGUGCGUUCCGUUUGCUGGUUUGGCAAUUUUGCUUUGGCCUUUGGCUGUUAUAGGAGCUGUGUUGGCAGCUUUCUUCUCGAGCUUUUUCCUUGGCCUUUAUGCCGGAAUUAUCGUUCACCAGGAAGACUCUGUUGUAAUGGGACUUGCAUACAUUGUGGCUGUAGUGUCCUUGUUCGAUGAAUAUGUGAACGACUUGCUUUACCUAGCCGAGGGUUCGUGCUUUCCCAGGCCUCGAUACCGUAGAGCCAUGAGGUCUCCUAACGGGCUCGAUAGAAAAUGGUCGCUUGAUAGCAAAACCGAGAGGGGUGGAGCGCGUAAUGGUAAGUUAGUUUCGGAAGGAUCGAGGACACUAAAGCAAGCAAUUCAACAGUACACACCGAUGCAGGUGUGGGAUUGGCUGUUCAAGUCGUGCGAGACAAAUGGAAAAACGCUCCUCCGAGAAGGGUUGAUAAGUGUGCAAGACAUCCAGGACUGCAUAGUGAAAGGCAACUGUAAGAAACUCGUCGUCAAGCUGCCUGCUUGGUCUGUUUUGCAGACCAUCUUGACGGCCACCAAGUCUGAUUCCGAUGGUUUGAUCAUCUCUGAACGAGUGGAACUAACAAACUACAACUUACCGAGGGAUAGAUUGUUCGAGUGGUUCAUCGGGCCUCUCUUCACUAUAAAGGAUCAAGUAAAGGGAUUGCAACUGACAGAAGACGAGGAAAGUUUAUUGAAGAAGUUGGUUAUAUCUUGCAAGAAUGAGCGGCCUGAGGAUUGGGACGAGAUUGGAUUCCCUUCCGAGGACAAAGUGAGGCGAGCACAAUUGCAAGCUGUGAUUCGGAGGUUGCAAGGAAUAGUUAGUUCCCUGUCGCGACUGCCAACAUUCAGGCGGCGAUUCAAGAACCUGGUGAAGGUCCUAUAUGUUGAGUCAAUUCAGACCGGGCUUAUAGUUGAGCAUGUCACAGGUGGCUCGAAGACGGGAUGGGGCAGACAUUUAGUGGGAAGAGGCAGUAGAAAGGCAAGAAAUGCUGCUGCAGACGACAAUGCUCGUGAGGACGAAGACGGUGGAGCUAUGGUAUGAGUCAAGACUACAGUCUAGGAUUAUAAUCUGGUAGAAACAUAUAUAUAUAUAUAUGUGGAUAUUGACAACUACCUACCACAUAGUGUUAAAAUGUAAAAGAGGAAGUGCCAGAUAAAGAUUUAAGAUAAAAAGGUACUUCAAUGCUGAAGCAGUUGUUUCUAAAAAGGUGCAAUUUUGAUGACAUCACAGGCUUUACAUUGUAUUUGUAUUCUUGGUGAGGAAGUGAUCAAGAAAUGCAGCUAAUAUCUGUAAAAGUUAGCUUUAGAAAUGCAGCUAAUAUAAAAAACUCAUGCAUCUCAAGACAUGGUGAAUUAGCAUGCUGGAAAGCGCAAUUCGAACGGCUGGUGAAAUGCAACCAAACUUAUGAGAGAUCAGAGAUCAUAAGGAAGCUAUGAGUAACUCACAUGUUUGAGGAGGCAUAAAAGGGCAGACUCCAGACACAGUUUUGGGUUUCAUAGAGCACAUCAUCUUCCGAAACAUCUGCAUACUGAAGACACAA